AUGCCUGAACCUGAACAAAUUGAACUUAGAAAUUUAAAAAGAAAAGUCAAAGAAAGAGUAAAAGCUGAAACAAGUUCUAUACCUAAGAUAUACGAAGAAGAAUUAGCUCGUUCUAAUCUAUCUUCUACCGUUUUAACACUUGCAUCUACUACUGAUGAAGGAAAAUCUGGUUUUAAUCGUGUUCGUCGAAAAACAAGUAGUAACAUCUGUAUUAGUCAAAAGCAAAUUAAUACACUAACUGAACGAUACGAACAAGAACAAAUUACUUUAAUUGACUUUCUCUAUGGACUAUCUACACUUGUUGCUAAACGUUCUGCAAAGCCAUUCUGA